ACGCAACCGACCGCUUCCUUAAACACCUUCACAACCCGGGCGGUACAUCUCACGUAAACGAACAGGAGAAGGGCAAAGGGGGUCAACGGUCUACUCCGACGAAAUGGUGACAAGACGCCGCGGCGUGGCUGCGCUCUGCCUCGCUUCAUGGACCGCUACUGCUGUGGUAUACGGACACAGCGGUGACCCAAAGCAGGGGGGUGACGGGCAGCAGUCGGCGAGGGGGGGGGAGAGUGCCGGCCGAAAGCGCAGACUCGAGGCCGGUUACAGGCACCUUGGCUGCUUUCGACGGGACACGGCGGACAGCGAGAUGACCAUGACGCUGGAUAUCGCCGCCUUGACUCUAAACAUGUGCUACGAGAGCUGCGUCCACGAGGGGUCGUCCUACUUCGCCACUCAGGACGGCAGCCGGUGCUGGUGCUCGCUGGAAUCACAUUUUGACUACAGCUCGGGCGGAGUCGGCGUUUGCGACACCUGGUGCGGGGGCGACGGCAGCACUACCUGUGGAGGAUCGGACGGAUUGUCGCGCGAUUUUUACAAGAUUGAAACCGGCGAGGCCACCUUGGGUGUAAGCGCCGCGGGUGACGGCGUCAGCAACAGCGGCGAUCCGUUGGACAGGCUGCUCGAGCUCCACAACGCGGCGAGGUGCAUGCACGCCACGGGACCCCUGGAAUUCGCCGAGCCAGUUGCAGCGACGGCAAAGACCUACGCCGACCUCCUUGCGAGCGAGUCCAUGUGCGGGUCGGCGGAAACCGCACACUCCACGGGCCUCGGGGAGAACGUAUUCGUGUGCGCCGCCUCAUCGUCUCUUUCGGGAGAUGGGGCCCCUACCGCUGCGUGCUUCUCGCCCGAGAGUGCCAUGGAGGCGUUCUACGACAGCCAGGUCGGAGGCGGGCCCACGUCCACCUACGGCCCGCGCGCCACCCAGGUGCUGUGGAAAUCCACCACCCAGAUAGGGUGCGCUUUGAGAGCGUGCGAAAAGGACGGGUUGACGUACGACAUCCUGGUCUGUCGAUACUCCCCGCCGGCUGGAGAAGACACCACCGAAAGCGAGGUAGCUCUUGAAGCCAACAGCAAAACCACGUGCGGGUACGAUUAG